GGGUGCCUGGUAUUAUCCUUCAUUGCUUGGAUCACUUGGAGAUAAAAGAUUUGGGAAGACCUGUUGCCUUGCUUGCCAAGAUGGUAGGACACCGGCCUCUUGCACUACAACUUGUGGGAAAAGGCUUGUUGAACCCUAACAAAAUGCGAAGAUUGCUUGAUUCUUCAAGCCCAAGAGAGGUUCUACUUGAUGUUCUGAUGAUCAUAUCGGAUCUAGCACGUAUGGAUAAGGGUUUCUAUGAGUUUAUUCAUGGGGCUUCUAUUUUAGAGUCUUUGCGGGUAUUUCUCAUCCAUGAGGAUCCAAAUCUUCGUGCAAAAGCUUGCAGUGCUCUUGGGAAUAUGUGUAGGCAUAGCUCUUAUUUUUAUUGUUCACUAGCAAAGCAUCAGAUUGUAAAUAUUCUUAUUGAUCGAUGUGCCGAUUCAGACAAGCGCACGCAGAAGUUUGCAUGUUUUGCUAUUGGUAAUGCUGCAUACCACAAUGAUACAUUGUAUGAAGAACUCAGAACAUCUAUACCACAACUAGCAAAUGUAUUGCUCACAGCUCAAGAAGACAAGACGAAAAGCAAAUGCCGCAGGUGCAUUAAGUAAUCUUGUUCGUAACUCCAACAAGCUCUGUGAAGACAUAGUCUCAAAAGGAGCUUUGC